AUGAAUGAGAGCGAAAAGGAAGUACAGGUCUCCGGUCAAGCGAACAGCCCCUCGUCGGCACAGCUUGACACGACUACAAGCCAAGAUGGAGUCUCUACUCCAAGCCGCCCUUCGGAGGACAUCGAAAAUGACGACGAGCUGAUUCACAGCAGUGGUGACGAACAGCAACCACAGGACGUGGAAACUUUGUCACGGGUCUCCAGCGGCCCGCCUUACACGGUGUUUUCCCGACAGAUGAUACAUUGGAUCAUAGCUAUGAACUGUGUUUCUGCUUUUAUAUCACCCAUCACCGCCAAUAUUUACUUUCCAGCCAUCCCGGCGAUUGCCAAAGAUCUUGAUGUCUCAGUCGGGUCGAUCAAUCUGUCCUUGACCACUUAUAUGAUCUUCCAGGGGUUGUCACCAACGUUCGUAGGGGACUUUGGUGACGCGGCCGGAAGGCGGCCGGCUUUCAUCAUCGCCUUUGCCGUGUAUCUGGGUGCCAAUAUUGGCCUAGCUCUGCAGCGCAACUAUGCUGCAUUGCUCAUACUCAGGUGCCUCCAGAGUGCUGGAAGCAGCGGCACGAUCGCUUUGGUGUUCGGAGUGGUCGCCGAUGUUGCAACUACUGCGGAGCGUGGAAAAUACAUGGGCAUUGUUGGGGCGGGCUUGACUGUUGGGCCGUCUCUCGGCCCGACAAUAGGAGGCGUGCUCUCCGAGUACCUCGGGUGGCCUUCCAUCUUUUGGUUCUGUGCCAUACUGACCGUUGUCUGGAUGGUUCCAUACGUGCUUACUGUUCCUGAGACCGGUCGGCGCGUCGUGGGAAAUGGAUCUGUCAAGCCACAACCAUGGAACAUGACACUGCUGGAUUACAUUCGCUUUCGUAGGCAACCCCGUGAGCCAUCUACGGCACGGACGCAGAAGAUACCGUUCCCGAACCCUUUCAACACUCUCAUGGUUCUCUCGCACAAGGAUAUGGCCAUGGUUCUGCUAUAUAAUGGUCUGCUUUACCUAGGGUUCAUGCUCAUGGCCGCCACGCUCUCAACACAGUUCUCCGCUAUCUACCACUACAACGAGCUGGUGCUGGGCCUGUGUUACCUGCCAAUAGGAGCGGCCACCACCAUCUCCUCCAUUGCCCAGGGAUAUCUCCUGGACUGGAACUACCGCCGGACCGCGAAGAAGCUCGGAUUCAAGAUCGACAAGAAGCGCGGAGACAAUCUCAAAGACUUUCCCAUAGAACGGGUGCGAAUCCAGAUCAUCGUACCAUGUAUCUUUCUUGGAACCGCAGUCUAUAUCGGCUUCGGCUGGGCCCUGCAAGCGGAAGUGCACGUAGCAGUGCCGCUGGUGCUUUCGUUCUUCGUUGGUCUGCUAGUUACAGGUUCCUUCCAGGUCAUCAACACACUGAUCGUAGAUCUGUACCCCGAAGCCCCGGCGACAGCGACCGCGGCGAACAACCUGGUCCGCUGUCUGCUCGGUGCCGUUGGCACGGCUGUCAUCGAAGACAUGAUCGCCGCCAUGGGACGUGGUUGGUCGUACACUCUUAUUGCAUUGAUUUUCACCGUCUUCUCACCGACUCUGUGGUUCAUCCAGAAGCAUGGUCCGGCCUGGCGCGAGGAGCGGAGACAGAAGAUGCUGCGCCUGCGGGAGAAGGAGGAGGCCAAGGAGAGAGAAAAAAGCCCUCCAGAUGCAGAUGCAGAUGCACAUAAUGGUGUUGUUAGAACAGAUAAUGCCAGGUAA